CGAUUAUGGUACGACAAGAAGGUAGUUGGGACCAGGUCCAAUCCCAAAAGGAACCUUGCUAUGCUGCGAACCUGCAUGGGCAUGGUACAGACUGGUCGGGGCUUCCAGACACGAACGCGCAAGGACCCUAUCCGCCUCUCUACGUCAGACGUCAGACCGUAAAACGUCGUCUCAGCUUUCGCUCCUGUCCUUGCUUCUAGUUUCUUCUUCCCUCUUCUUCUUUUCAUUGUCAAAGAAAGAAAAAAGACCAAGAGGUUCGGCUCCGUGCGCCAUCUGCGACUUGAUUUCUUGGCGCUCCGACAAAGGUGCAGGAGAAAGACUUCGUCCUGCUAUCCCUACAACAUCCAUAGCCUAUCCUCAUCGUAUCGUCAACCGCUGUCAUCUCACCCAGCUGUCAUCACCCACAUUGCAAUCUCCAUUGCUGCAACAGCUUCGCUAGCAUUGCUUUCAACGACCCACGCCAUCUGUUCUGUCCUAUCCGAACUCACACCGUCCUACUGGGACCCCGGUCGCGCAUCGACGGCUUCCUUGCCAACGAGGGAUCCGGAUAGGUACUCUCACCGUAUACCUUUAUUUGGCUGGCCGCAACUCACCGACUUCUCUCAUUGGUAUCCUGUCUGUCCUCCAAUUUCUGUGCAACUCUCCUCUUGUCUUGCUGCACAAUGACCGGAGCCAGCCUCUUCUUUUACGGGAAGAGAAGAUGUCACAGCUCAGGUAUCGCGGCUAACACCGAGUUCCCGCUAAUAUUAUCAUUAUGAGCCACAGACCACACGCAGGCUGAUUUAAUUGUCUAGACCUAGCUCGUCUUGUCUGCGCGCGCAUGCCUGUCUGCGACAGAGGCAUCGACGACCCUCUCUUACUUUCACACUCUUAAUUAGAUAACUGAGCGCUAGUGACGUUCUUUUCUGGUUCUCUCGUUCCUCCCUUCUUUAAGUUUUUUCUUUCAUUGCUCAGGCAGUCAUCCUCGUCGCCAUAUUCUGUCUUCUUUCCAUCCAUUUACAACGUCAACUUCCUCAUUUGGGGGACGCAGGGGAAUAUCACACCAAGUCCUCGCCAUUGACAUACACUCACAUUACGUAUCUUUUGAACUGCAAGGUAACCCCCUGACCCACGCUUGCUGCGUGCCCACUUCCGCUGCCCCCUCCCACCUGGGCCACCUCCACGCCUCCUCAUUCUCCGCACCUCGCACCUGGGCGGGACCUGAACCUAGACCAGCCAAGGACCUCGAAUUCGACGCACGGUUCGCCAUUUCCGCCACACCCAUCUGCCAGCCGUCACCUUUACAACUUAUUUUGCUCUGCACCACCAACCGCUUGACGGAACACAUCUGUACUGUACCGCUCAUGGCCAUUCGCUGACAACAAUAUCUUGCCGUUGCCUUUUUGAUACUGCCCUCUAGAAUCUUGUGUCUUGAAUCACUCCACAUACACAAUGGCGACGCUACGUGAAGGCGAACAAGUCUAUGCAACGCUUCUGUUGAACGACACGUACCUCCCAGGCGCAUUGGUUCUCGCCCAUUCUCUGCGCGAUGCUGGUACCUCCAAACAGCUGGUGGUCCUGGUUACCCUCGACACCAUUUCCGCCGAGGUCAUCACCGAGCUCAGGGCCGUCUACGAUCAUGUCAUUCCUGUUCCGCGCAUACGCAACUCCCGACCCGCUAACCUGUACCUGAUGAACCGGCCUGACCUGCAUUCGGCCUUCACCAAGGUCAACCUCUGGAGGCAGACUCAAUUCUCUAAGAUUGUCUACAUCGAUGCCGACGUUGUUGCCUACCGAGCCCCCGACGAGCUAUUCGACGUCAAUGCCCCCUUUUCCGCUGCGCCUGACAUCGGAUGGCCGGACCUUUUCAAUACGGGUGUUAUGGUUCUGAAACCCAACAUGGGAGACUACUAUGCUCUCAUGGCGAUGGCUGAGAGGGGCAUCUCCUUUGAUGGUGCCGAUCAGGGUCUUUUGAAUAUGCACUUUAAGAACACGUACAACCGCAUCAGCUUUACGUACAACGUGACACCCUCGGCGCAUUACCAAUACGUCCCCGCCUACCGACACUUCCAAUCGAGCAUCAACAUGGUGCAUUUUAUCGGUCCCGACAAGCCCUGGUUUCAAGGCCGAAAGGCAAGCAAAGGAGACUCACCGUUCGAAGACAUGAUCGGGAGAUGGUGGGCUGUCUACGACCGACAUUACAGAGUUGCCGAAGCCGCUCUUGCUUCCCUGCCUGAGCAGCAGCAGAAGCAGCAUCAUCAGGAACAACAGGCUUCUGAGAUCGUACAGUACUUUACUAAGGGUGAAUUCCAGCCGCAGUUACAGGCCGUGCAAGCAGCAUCAUCGGGUGAGCAUCCUCACGGGACGCAAGUCUCCCACAGUCGCGAUAGCACACACUUCCAGAUGCCACCACCCCUUUUUUCGGGUCAUGAGGUUCAUGAUUGUCCCAGCCACAAUGCUCAUGACCCUGGCUCGUCCCGGCUGCCCCCACACCGUGAGCAGCCGCACGUUGACCAUGAUGAAAAAUCCCAGCCUGAGAUCGCGUAUCAGGCUGGUCAACCCUUUCCCCCUCCCAGCGAGUCGUUAAGCGGUUUUGCUGGAACGCAGGCUGAGGCUCGAUCAGAGCAGGUUUCAGCACAUCAGCGACAGAGUCCAACACCACCACCCGUAGAGCAGACGCGAGAGCCAAGCCCUCCUCCGCCAGCAUGGGAUGCUCAAAGGCAACCACCGCCAGCAGAUUCGAGGCCCGAGGCGCUCAACUUCCCCUCGCAGACUUACGAGAUGUCUCAAGACCCUGCUCCGUUUGUGCCCCCCGAGCGAUACCCGAGUCCCCCGAGAAACAUGUGGUACGAGGUUCCGAAGCAAAAGCCAAACCAGAAGCCUCGACCUCUCUUCCCAUGGGAAAUCAACCAGCCCAAGCCGACCAGAGUUUUUACCGCAGGUCAGGCUGAAUCGGAAGCGGAUGAGUCUUCGAGCGCACCGACUAGUGAGCAGUUGAUAUUGUCCUUAUCCCAGGCUUCCGCUGAGCCGUCUCGUGUAGGAUCAUCGACUACUGGCCAGAAGAGCGAGCCCAGCACCCCAGCCACCCCGACCAUCAGAGUCAGCCCAUCAGACCCUUGGACUACUUUCGCACGCACAAAUGCCUGGGAUGAAGUACCCGAGAUUGAGCGCUACGUCGAGGGUCUUCAAAAGCAUCAUCGUGGAAAGAGCCAAGGCUCAGUGGGCCUCUCUGGUGAGACGACGGUAAAGGAGCAUGGGCUCAAGCUUACCGACUUCCCAAGUGUCGUCGAACGACCGAGUCUUCCAGUCACUCCUGCACCCAUCCGCCGACCAAAGUUCUGGGGUGGUGGCCCUGGACCUGGCGAUGGUGAUGACGACGAGGAGCUGCCGAUGGCCGAUGGCGUGCCGCCGCAGUCGGACUGGGACCCUUCGGCACAGCUUCAGAAACUGGCUAAGCAACAGUCAGAAGCUUUGCUGAAGAAACUUGGUGGUGGCGAAGGUGGUCCCGAGGGUUCCGCAGCCGGUAAAAGGCAGCGCGACCACGAGCGCUUUGCGCAAUUUGAGUGGGGAGCAGGCAUCAUAAACAACUGCGGCAACCCCGGCGCCUGUCAGUUUCCAGGCACCGUCUGGGAAAGGGGCGAAGAGGCAUCGUUGGAGGGAAACGCCGGGUUUGCACGUGAAGGGCACGAUGUGCUCGAUGCGUUAAGGUGA